AACUGCAUUCUGCAUGGCAGAGAACAGAUUCAGGGCCGUCUAAGCAAUACAGAUUUGGGUGCCUUGUAGCUUACGAGCAGUUUUAUAAUUAGAUAAAAAUUUUGACAUUGAGAAUUAGUAGCCGGGUGUGUCUGUUUCUGGCCACCAGAAAGGCUCAUGCCUCUUUAGGCUGCAGUCUGGAUAUGUUUAGUUGUUAGCUGUUGAAAUUAUUUUGUGUAUGUCAUUAUCCGUUCUUCCAAGUCUAAUUUCCCAACAACAGGACUUCUAUUUGUCGCCCAGUGUUGCAGUGAUUGGAAGUUUUCUACAUUGUUGGGAACUUUAUGCUUAUGCUUAUAGUCAUAGUUUUCAAGGCAAAAGGUGUGCGGAUUCAUGACUUUCAUCUGUCUGCAUCAAGUUUUGUCGGUUGCUAGAGGUUCUGUUCCAUUUAUGAGCAGCUGCAUAUAGAAACUUGUUUUGUAACUGGGUGUCUGGUUCAGCCACACUGUUCUCCUGCAAACUGGAUGACGAGUUGCUAAAUAAGGAUUCAGAAUGAUGAAGCUGUGUAGCUUUCUAUCCAAAGUGAAGGUCCCAGCUAAUUGCAUCAUUUUCUUUAAAUUUCCAAACCGAAGGAAGCAUGAGGUUAUGCCCAGUUCUAGCAUUUCAUCAAAAUGAAAGAAGCGUGAGAUUAGGCCUAGUUGUAGCAUUUCUUCUGCACUGCCAAAGGAUUAGCUUGUUGAUAUGUGUGGAUGUGGAUAGUUUGAUUUUGUGGCAGCCAAACAGAGAUUCAUCUGAUAUUUAGACUAUCCUUCUGAGAAUAUGUGUGAUAUUUGAUAACCUAAGUGGUAAUAUAGUCAUAUUCGGUAGGAAGACUAGCGAUGACCAGCUUAAGCGGGAUGUCAUUGUUGUAUUAUCUGGGCUAAAAUGAUGCAGUCAAGCUGUAUCACAAUUGAUUAUGGAACUUUUAUCUCAGACUCUGGGGGAAAUAGAUAUCAAAAGUUGAUCUGCUAUGUUAGAUGUCAGAUACAGUUUGCAGAUUCUUCUGUUUUCUUUAAGAACUCUUUGCAAUAUCAAACACGUUGAGAUGCCUUAGCCAUUCCAUAAUAACAAUUCGAAAAUCAUGCUGGAAAGAGAUACUGGACGGCCACGUGGAUUUGGGUUUAUCACAUUUGCUGAUCGCCGAGCCAUGGAUGAUGCUAUUAGGGAGAUGCAUGGACGCGAAUUUGGUGAUCGUGUCAUCUCAGUGAACAAGGCUCAACCCAAAAUGGGAGGAGAUGAUUUAGAUCAAGGCUACAGGGGUGGCUACUCAUCUUCAGGUAGCAGAGGAGGCUAUGGAGGAGACAGAACUCUUGGGCAAGAUGAGUGCUUCAAGUGUGGGCGCCUAGGACACUGGGCCCGAGACUGCCCUUCAGCUGGUGGCCGAGGUGGGGGUGGAGGUUCAUUCUCUUCACGUUCUAGGUUUGCUGGGGCUGGUGACCGUGGUGAUCGCUUUGGAGGUGAUCGUGAUCGAUACAUGGAUGACCGCUAUGAUGGAGGGCGAUUUGGUGAUAGAGAUCGUUUUGACAGCCGAGAUAAAUAUGGGAGCCGUGAUCGCUAUGCUAGUGACAGGUACCCACCAAGUGGAGAUCGCUUUGCAAGUGAUAGAUACGGUGGGUCAGAUCGUUAUGCACCAAACGGUUAUGGCAAAGAUAGAGCCUAUGACAGGGACGGUGGUGUUGCACGAGGAGGCAUCGAUAGGUAUGGAAGUGGAAGUGGAAGCGGAAGCGGAAGCGGAGGGCCUACACGAAAUGAUAGGAACUACAGGAGUAGACCAGGUCCAUUUGACAGGUUUAGCAGGGGAGGGCAUCCAUCCUCCUUCGAGCGCUAUUAAAUUAUUGGGGGCCAUAGUGUUAUUAACUAUUAGGUGUAUGCGCCUAGGCUAAAUAUCCAGUUUCACGAGGUCUGUUAUGUAGGAUGGUACAAAUUUCUUCCCCUAGCUGGAAUAUGAAAUUUCUUUUGUAGAUGGUGCAGUUGCUAUAUUAAGGUAAAGACUUUAUUUAGCUUGGUUUCAAUUUUGAAUGUGUUUUGAGUUGUCAAUUGGAUGCAUGGUUUAUUCAUGCCUGAUUGUUGAUGAAUUCAAUCUGCAAAUUAACGUUUCUGUUUCUGAGCAAAA